UCAUCAUCCAAUCAGGAGGACUCAAUAUGGCGGCGCGACGAGUAGUGGUAAGGUCGCAGUGGCGCUAAUUUUACCGAUUUUCAUGUGUUUUAAUCGCUGUUUAUCGUUCAUAUUUGUCCUGCGGACUCGUUACAUGUCCAGGAAGACACAAAUCACUUAAAGUUGGGAUUUCUGAGGGAAAUUUCGCGCUGGCGGCGGAAAAAUAGCCGAUGGCCGACAUUGGAAAUUUGAAAAUUCCGCCCGACCUGCCGCCAGAAAAGAUGGCGGCCGCGGCGCCCGAUUCAUUCCCUGCGUGCCGGAUCCCGUGUCUUCUCAGCCGCGAACAGCUCCAGAAACUCUGCGACAAGGAAGAGCUGACAUUCAACGACUACGCGGGGCCCACCUGGACCGAGCUGGCUGUGGAUAUGAGGAAACUGGGGAUGAAAAUGGACGUUAUUUUCCCUGACAUGCCGAACAUAGACUGUAUCACGGUGCUGGACACCCCCAGCCCCUCCUCCGUGUCGUCUGUCAGUCUCACGGCGACUUCUUCCAGUUCUGUCGGGAACAACAACGCCAAGCUGCCCAAGACGGCCAUGCUCAAGAAACGGCGCGUCUUGGACGAGGAGUUCGAAGUGGAAGAGAUUCUUGAUCAUAGGCGUCGAGGGGGCCAGGACUAUUACUUCAUCAAGUGGCAAGGCUGGCCUCCUUCCUACAACACCUGGGAGCCCAAGGAACACCUGCAGUGCUCCAAACUCAUACGGGAGUAUCACCUCAACCUCAAGAGGAAGAAACUCUCCAGAAAACACAAGAAGCGCAAGGACCAGCACCAGAUCAGCGUCUUCAUGCCGCUGGUCGCAAAACCGCUCUUCCCCCCGCUUACCGAGGACACGCUCGCCAAGUUCAAACAGAAACAGAGCCUCCUACUCUGGCAGGAGGAUCUCAACCGGAAGUGUACGGAUCCGGGUAGGAUCGUGGUGGAAAACCACGUGGACCUCGAAGGCCCGCCGACGAACUUCAUCUACAUCAAUGACUACAAGGCAGGGGAGGGGGUGGUUAUACCGGAAGACCCCCUAGUCGGAUGUUCGUGCACGGACUGUUUCGAGACGAUGGAGGCCUGCUGCCCAACCCAAACCGGUGCCAAGUUCGCGUACACAAAGACGGGGAGGAUACGGGUGCGCCCGGGAAAGCCGAUCUACGAGUGCAACAAGCGGUGCGCGUGCGGGCCGAAGUGCUCCAACAGGGUGAUACAGAAGGGUCGUCUGCACAACAUGGCCAUCUUCAGGACGGCAAACGGCUGCGGCUGGGGCGUCAAGACACUGCAGAAAAUCAAGAUGAAUACCUUUGUCAUGACUUACGUAGGAGAGGUGAUCACAAAUGAGGAAGCAGAGGAGCGUGGGAAGGUGUAUGAUGAGAACGGGCGCACCUACCUGUUUGAUCUGGACUACAACGAUGAGGACGCCCCCUACACUGUAGACGCUGCUGUCCACGGCAACAUCUCACACUUUGUCAACCAUUCUUGUAACCCUAACAUGACAGUGUACAACGUGUUCAUCGACUGUCUGGACCCCAGGCUGCCUCACAUCGCCCUGUUCUCCAACAAGGACAUUGCAGCAGGGGAGGAGCUCACCUUUGACUACCUCAUGUAUAAAGGUGACUCCAGCGAUGAUGACACCCCCAGCUCCCCCAUGACUCCCUUUGUAAACCGUAGUCCCAGCAAGGACCAGUCUAGUGCAGGGAAGAAGGAGAAGGAGAGAGUCCCAUGUAGAUGUGGGGCAGAAAACUGUCGCAAAUAUCUGUAUUAGAAAGGGAAAUGAUAGGAGUAGGCAAAGUAUAGUGAUUAUAUGAAGAGGAAGAAACAUUGAGAUAUCCUAAUUUAAAACUUGCCUUGAGUUACCGUAAGACCAGUUUGACAGAAUUUUUCUGUUCAUGUGUAUGAAGGGUUUUCACUAGUAUUUCUUAUUUAGGCAACUGUGUAUGGAUAUCAGCCCUAGAAGCAUUCCAUUUUGUACAGAUGUACUAUAAGCAGAUUGAAGUGUUUAAUCCAGACAGUGUGCUACUAUGAGGUUGCCUUGAUGUCAAGUUUUCUGUAGGUUUCCUUUCUUGCAGGUUGCAUACAUAUGAGUAAGUUGUUGUGACUGGCAGUUUGCCUUCAGUCGUAUGUACUUGACAUGACCAAUGUUAUCUAAGACUUCUUGUUUCUUUUUUAAGAGUGAAGAAUGGAUUCCUAGGUUUGAUGGCAUAUAUUGAAACAUCUGGAUUGUCAUAUCACAUCCUCUUAUGUAGGGUCCCCUGUUAUUUGUAGGAUAUGUACAUAAGAUUUUUUUUGUCCUAGUUUUAAGAAAAUGUUACUAGAUAAUUCCCUGUCUUGCACAGGUUUUAAGUUCAAUUUUUUUUUCUUCUGUUAAUGGCACUUACUGUUAUAUUGUGGCCCAUAUGUAACUUUUUGUUGCUAUAUUUUUUAUUGUCUUGUGGAGUACUGAAGAAGAAUCUGAAAACAUAAGUCAGGUCAGAUGCCAAAGUGAAGACUAAGAUGUGUUUUCUGUUAGUGGCUCAGUUUUAAUUCACUAAGUUGAUAUUUGAUGUAAAGUUGUUUAUCAUAAGAAUAUAGAUUUCAAAACUGUGGAGACUGUGUCUGCUUCACAGUAAUCAUAUGUAAAACAGAACGGUUUUUCCCUUUGGAAACAAAUUUGUUGGUAUCCACCAAAUAUUCUGUAUUUUAUCUCUACUCCACCUGUAUAGGACUGUAUUGUGAUCAUUGCGAUGUGCCUACAUGCAUUUGAAGUACAUGUGUGAAUAAGAAUGUUCUUUG